AUGGAGGAAGCCCACGACCACAGGCCCUCCUCCACCGCCGGCCACCCCUUCCUCUCCAGCUUCUGUGCCGCGGCGCUCCGCCGCAAGCCCUUCGGCGCCCACACGUUCGCCACCGCCACCGGCGAGGGCCUCGUGCAGCAGCUCGGCGUCCUUGAACUUGCCCUGCUCAGCGUCGGUGCGUCCAUCGGCGCCGGCAUAUUCGUCGUUACUGGCACCGUCGCCCGCGACGCAUGGCCCAGGUCAAUCCUACAGCCCCAUAGUAAUUUGAAUCGAGACCAAACACUGCUGCUGCGGUCCAGGCCGACAUUUGAAGUAUAA